AUGGUAUUGAGUUUUCGAGUGUCUGAACUUCAGAUGCUUCUUGGUUUUGCUGGUAGAAAUAAAUCAGGUAGAAAAACAGAGUUGCAAACACGUGCACUAGAAUUGUUACGUUUGAGAUCCCAUCCUGUACAACUCAAAAUACGUGAACUAUAUAAAACCAUACAAGCUGAUCAAUUGGCUGCACAUCAAAUGUACGGUCAAACAGCUGGUUCUGGGGAACCUCAAAUCGAUCAAAACAUGCAUUCCAGAAAUUAUUACACAAGGCAAGCAAUCAGUCAGCAGCAACAGUCACAAUCUGCAGUUUCCAGUGGGAAAGACCUUCCUCCAGCACAUCAAGCAUCGUUACCUCAAGCACCCAGAACCAACCCUGUGUAUCAGACCACAGGAUAUACUAGUGUAACUCCACAGCAAACAACAAGUGCCGCCUUUAAUUCAUACCCAUAUCCACCCAAAGUUUUACCAACUCCGAUACAAAUACAGCCCAGAAAUCAGUACCCUGUUCAUCCAGAUGUCAGGUUAAAAAAACUACCAUUCUAUGAUCUACUGGGUGAAUUAUUGAAGCCAUCUAGUCUAAUGCCUCAAGGGUCUAUGAGACUUCAAGAGAACUCGUUUAUGUUUCAUUUAACGCCACAACAAUCAACAGAUAUAGCUAGUGCACGGGAUUGUCGGGCAGGAAGUAAAAUGGACUAUAUUGUACAGGUACAAAUGCGAUUUUGUUUACAAGAAACUUCAUGCGAACAAGAAGACUGUUUUCCACCCAGUAUUGCAGUGAAAGUUAAUGGAAAGUUAUGUCCGCUACCUAAUCCAAUACCUACAAACAAACCAGGAGUAGAACCAAAGAGACCACCACGACCUGUUAACAUUAGUCCUUUAGUCAAAUUAUCACCAACUGUAGCAAAUCAAAUUCAUGUUACAUGGUCGGCUGAUUAUGGUAGACGUUAUGCAAUUGCCAUAUAUUUAGUUAGAAAGCUUUCUAGUGCAGAGUUAUUAUCGAGAUUAAAAAGUAGAGGUGUUCGACAUUCGGACUACACAAGAGGUUUAAUUAAAGAAAAACUUAACGAAGAUGCAGACAGCGAAAUAGCGACAACGUCGCUUAGAGUGUCAUUGGCAUGUCCGCUAGGAAAAAUGCGAAUGGCUACGCCGUGUCGUGCAUCAACGUGUUCGCAUUUACAGUGUUUUGACGCGUCGUUGUUUCUUCAAAUGAACGAAAGAAAAGCCACAUGGAAUUGUCCGGUUUGCGAUAAACCGGCGUUGUAUGAUACGCUUGUUAUCGACGGAUAUUUUCAAGAAGUAUUAAAUUCCAAGAAGUUAUUACCGGAUGUGAAUGAAAUUCAAUUGUUGCAAGAUGGUUCUUGGGAGAAUUUGGUAUUGAAGAAAGAAAAGGAUAAAGACAAGACCGAAACAAAAGUAGUUACGAAUUCACAAGAGCAUAAGAUCGACGUCGAUACAGUAGACCUUGACGAAACCAAUCCUGCACCUCCAAAGGAAAAGAAACGAGCUGUUGUUAUUGACUUAAUAUCAGACAGCGAUGACGACGAGGAACAUACUACACCGACACAGAGUACAAAGAAACUAGCUACUGGUACAUCGUCUCCAAAAAAGUCGCAAACCAGCUCUAUUAGUAGUACAAGUGAAUCGCCAGAGUUGAUGAUAAUUGAUUUAGAAUAAAGGAAUUUUUUUAUAUUUAUUUCUAAAAUAAUAUUGCCAAAUUUUGAAUGAAUACAUGAGACGUGUACAGAACAAAAAACUAAAAGUUCGUUAGUUCUGUGAUUAUCGAAGUGAAACGUUAUUAUAAGGAUUAGUGUAAGUGAGUUCGUGAUGUUUUUACUUUUGGUACUCAAAGAGAAGUGGACAGAAAAUGAGCAAGAGAAUAUGUUGAUUUUAUCAGUUACAACAGGUUCUCUUGUAUCAUAUAAACUAGGAGCUUGAAAUAUUAUACAAAGC